UUACGCUUCUCUCAUUGGCGUUUUAUGCAUGCUUGCUGGUGUGCAUCUGUGUCUGUACACGAUAUCAAUGUCUGGUAUUUUUAAAGCAAUGUCAAAGUUUCGUCUGGCCGUGGUGCAGAUGCACGUGUCAAAGAUUAAGGCUGAAAACCUUGGAAGAGCACACAAACUUGUGAAAGAGGCUGCAGGCCAAGGUGCAAAAGUUGUAGUCUUACCUGAAUGUUUUAACUCUCCUUAUGGAACCGGAUUCUUUGCAGAGUAUGCCGAAAAGAUCCCAGGAGAAUCCACACAGAUGUUGUCAGAGGCAGCCAAGGAAUGUGGGAUCUAUUUAGUGGGUGGCUCCAUUCCUGAGGAGGAUGGAGGGAAUCUCUAUAACACCUGCUCAGUUUUUGGACCUGAUGGAAAGCUGCUUAUUAAACACAGGAAGAUUCAUCUGUUUGAUAUUGAUGUUCCUGGGAAGAUACGCUUUCAGGAAUCAGAAACACUAAAUCCAGGAAACAGUUUGUCAACGUUUGAUACCCCAUUUUGUAAAGUAGGUGUGGGAAUUUGUUAUGACAUUCGAUUUGCAGAGCUUGCACAGAUCUAUGCUAAGAAAGGUUGCCAGCUUUUGGUAUAUCCUGGUGCCUUCAAUAUGACUACAGGGCCAGCUCACUGGGAGCUGUUGCAAAGGGGAAGAGCAAUAGAUAAUCAGGUUUAUGUGGCCACUGCUUCGCCAGCAAGGGAUGAGACUGCCAGCUAUGUAGCCUGGGGUCACAGCUCUGUUGUUAAUCCUUGGGGUGAGGUUAUUACCAAAGCUGGGUCAGAGGAGGUUGUAAUGUAUGCCGACAUAGACCUGCAGUAUUUGGCUGAUGUGCGUCAGCAGAUCCCAAUCACUGUGCAACGGCGGAAUGAUCUAUAUAGUGUCAACACUGUUCAGGAGGACAUAACACCCAUACAGAAAUAGGACUGCAGUGGUCAAGUCUUGAUUUAAUGCAGAACUCAGUCAGUACACAAAACUACACAACUUUGCCUGCUGGGGGAAAAAAAACUUUAAUACAACAAUCUGGAUCUCCAUGUCCUUCAUGUGUCAACUGUUCCUGCUCAUCUCCAAACAGGAUCUACUCCGUGCACUUUCCCUAAUUGCUGAUUCAAGUGUUAGACCUAUUUGUAUUAGUAUUGUUCUUAAGGAUAAUAUAACAAAGUAUUGCAAUAAUUUCAAUGAAGAAAAGACUGUGAGCCAAUAUUUUCUUAUAAAUUAUUUUGAAUACUAGGCAAUGCAUCAUAUUUGUUCUGUACAAUGUUAUUCUUUAUGUCCACUAUUCCACAUGUAUUUAUCACAUUGCCUUGUGUUAUAUUCUCCAGACAUUAAAAAAAGAGUAGUUGGCAUAUAACUUUUGGAAUAUAAUCAUAGCAACAUACAUGUGUAAAUAUAAAUGUGACAUAUAUUUAUGCAACAGUGCUCUUUACUCAUCUCACUUGCAUAAAAACACAGAUGAUAUACUCCUUAGAAUGCAUCAACAACAUGGAAAGAGUAUAUUGAAACAUUUAUGCCAAAUUAGGUAAAUAAAUACUUUAACAGCAUUCAAUAUAUUCAUCUCUAGCACUGACAGCAAGCAUGAGCAGGUCACGAGACUGUUAUAAAUGUUUGUAGAACAGCAACAGCGCCGUGUACUGUACCGGCACGAAAUGAAGUUUUGUUUUUGUUUUUUCCGAACUGUGUAUAGACCGGGGGGCUGUUCCAUAAACCAAGAUUAGAGUAUAAGCCAGGCUUAUUUCGGUUAGUCAGGCUUAUUUUUGGUAGAUUCGGUUUCAUAAAUCAAACUUAAAAAAGUUCAAACUCAGUUACCCCGGCAACUUAUGCUGGCAAAUUAACCUGGUCCGGGGCAGGCUAACUAUCAGGCUAAGUCUGAGUUCAGGCUUAACGCGCAUACCAUUUAUACUCACCUGCUGGUAUUUCGAUGUCAUUUUAUUUUACUUAACCACUAUUAAUAAAAUUUGUUUUUUAAAUAAAUCAGGAAAUGUACUUUACUAAUAAAUGUAAGAAAUAAGGUAGAAAUACACUAAGAAAUGUUCAAAACUUGUGUGUUUAAUUGGUGAGUUUGGUUAAUGAGUUUGGUAAUUAAUUAAAAGUAUAUAAAUAGGGAGCUGAACUCGUUUCCAAACUUAACCAUGGCGUGUCCUUUCAUAGAUGAGGUGGUGGAUGAGGGAGCUAUAGUCUUGCGGAGGGCAUUUCUAAGAGAGAGAACUUUCAGAGACAGGUCAGACCCGUUGGCUUUUAAUGACAGCUACCUGUAUGAGCGAUAUAGGUUCUCAAGAGAUGGCAUUGCAUAUAUUUGUAGAUUACUAAACCCACACAUUGCAAAUAAUACACGCCGCAACAGAGCGCUCACAGUCCCACACUUCGCUUUUUUGCCAGUGGAACAUUUUUGAACACAGUUGGAGAUGCAGAGAAUAUCAGCAAAGCAUCAGUUUGCCGCUCUGUACGAACUGUGUACCUUUCUUUAAAAAGACUACUCAAUGUGUUCAUCACAUUCCCUGGCCACAAAGCUAUUCGUACCAUUAAACAUGCCUUUUAUGGAAUAGCUGGUAAGUUCAAAUAACUAUAAAACAUGGAAAUAUUUCUUGACUGUUGAUUUUACAUGGGACAUAUUUAAAACAAACAAAUAAUUUUCCUAGGUUUCCCAAAUGUUAUCGGUGCAUUGGACUUAGUGUUAAUUUCGUCAGACGAGACGAGACUAAAUAUGUUCGUCAACGACCUUUUUUUUCCAUGACUAAAACGAGACGAUGACGAGACUGCACCAAUGUCCAAAAACGCUGACUAAGACUAAAUUAACAUGCAUUAUUGUUGACGAAAAAAGACGAGACUAAAAUGUUUUACAUAAAAUAAAAGCGAAGAUAAAAUCUAUCUUCAUUUUCGUCAACAAUCGUCUCGACUUUUUCAUCAUGAGAUAGAAUAUUGUUACGAGCCUUCAAAAUAUUCCGAAUGAGUUCGCGCUGUUGCUCAAGUGACGGUUACAGGUCUCAUACUCCUGUUGCUGCCAGCCUGUGGAUGCAACACGAAACUACAUGGAGCAAGAACACAACAAUGACAUUGACAAAAAGUCAGAGUGUGUCAUUAUAACUGACGGGAAGCACUGCGGACAAAAAAUAUCGGGGAAAAACACCACCAACCUUAAGCGACAUCUAAAGCGUACACUCUGAAUAGAAAAAUGAGACAAAAGGCAACCAAAAACAGCUUUAAAAAUCUUUGUAAUUUGUCAGUCUGAGUCUGUUGGGCCCCAGCUUUUGAAUUGUGUUGGUUCA